GGGGCCCGGGUUGAUAACCCAUGCAUGAAGCUUCUUCUCUUGUGACCAGAGCCCCGUGGUCAGUGCGGCGUAAAUGGCUCCCCUGCCCCCAGGCAUUCGCUUCAUCGUCUCAUUCUCCCGGGAUCAGUGGUACAGAGCCUUCAUUUUUAUUUUGACAUUUUUGCUGUAUGCAAGCUUCCACUUAUCCCGAAAGCCUAUCAGCAUAGUUAAGGGCGAGCUGCACAGAUACUGCACUACCCUGCACGAGGGGCAAGUCCAGUUCAACAGCUGGAACCAGAAAGCCAGUGGCGCGCCUCACCGCCAGCCGGCAGACAACGAGACGGACUGUAGCUGGGCCCCGUUUGACCAGGACAACUACCAGCAGCUGCUCGGGGCCCUGGAUUACUCGUUUCUGUGCGCCUACGCCAUUGGCAUGUACCUGAGCGGCAUCAUAGGGGAGCGCCUGCCCAUUCGGUACUACCUCACGUUUGGGAUGCUGGCUAGUGGUGCUUUCACCGCCCUCUUCGGGUUAGGCUAUUUCUACAACAUCCACAGUUUGGGAUUCUACGUGGUAACUCAGAUCAUCAACGGACUGGUGCAGACCACCGGCUGGCCCAGCGUCGUCACCUGCCUCGGCAACUGGUUUGGGAAAGGAAGGCGGGGCUUGAUCAUGGGGGUCUGGAAUUCGCACACCUCCGUGGGCAACAUCUUGGGAUCCUUGAUUGCUGGCUACUGGGUGUCCACGUGCUGGGGCCUGUCCUUCAUCGUCCCCGGGGCCAUCGUGGCAGCCAUGGGCAUAGUGUGCUUUCUCUUUCUCAUCGAGCAUCCGAAGGACAUCGCCUGCUUCUCGUCCCUGGCGGCGCCGAAGGGCUGUGAGAACGGCACGCACAGGUUCCGGCUGCAGAAGCAGAUCUUCACUGACGACAAGAACAAGCUCCUGGUGAGUCGGACCAGCCUCCGCUGCUUUGCAGAGGACCCCGAGCUGCAGUGCUUGCUGCCGUCCGACGGGAAGCACCCCGUCCAUCAGAGCCAUGUUGUGGUCCUCCCAGCCGACAGCGGGGGCAGCAUGGCUGCCAUCAGCUUCACCGGGGCCUUGAGGAUCCCGGGUGUGAUCGAGUUCUCUCUGUGCUUGCUGUUCGCGAAGUUGGUCAGCUAUACGUUCCUCUUCUGGCUUCCUCUGUACAUCACAAACGUGGAUCACCUGGACGCCCGACAAGCCGGGGAGCUCUCCACCCUGUUUGAUGUGGGCGGGAUUUUUGGUGGGAUCUUGGCAGGUGUGAUCUCAGACAGACUAGAGAAAAGGGCAUCCACCUGUGGCCUGAUGCUGCUGCUGGCGGCCCCGACGCUCUACACGUUCUCCACCAUCAGCAAAAUGGGCCUGGAAGCCACUGUCGCCAUGCUGCUCCUGAGUGGGGCCCUGGUCAGCGGGCCGUACGCCCUGAUCACGACCGCCGUCUCCGCCGACCUGGGCACACACAAAAGUCUCAAGGGAAACUCGCAUGCCCUCGCCACUGUGACUGCCAUCAUCGACGGGACUGGCUCUGUAGGAGCGGCCCUGGGCCCUCUGCUGGCCGGGCUCCUGUCCCCGUCUGGGUGGAACAACGUGUUCUACAUGCUGAUGUUCGCGGACGCCUGCGCCUUACUGUUCCUGAUCCGCCUCAUUCACAAGGAGCUGAGCUGCCCGGGGUCUGCGGCCGGGGACCAAGUUCUGUUCAAGGAACACUGACCCCUCAAGUCCCCUGGAGGGAGGCUGGGCCUUUCCUUCACACACUGUCAAGGAAAAGUUCAAAUAAAGGAUCCUGUGUUGGAAAGAGCGGUAUCCCCUUGCCUUUUGCACACAUCCCUGGAAAAGACACAAAAGACACCUUGAGAAGUCCGGGUCCUGUUUCGGGCGAGCUGUGGGACUCACGACGGCAUCCAGGAGGUGCGGGAAGUGCUGUGUCCACGGCGGAGCCUGGGACGCCCGACGGGACAGGCGGGCACCCCAGCAGCUGCUCGGGACUGGCGGGGGGGUGCUCGGGAGCCGGGGUGGCUCAGGUGUCCCAGUCUGGAAUGUGAGAGCAGGUGAGCGCCACGCUGGCGGGGACCAGAUCCCGCAGUGGGUGCCCGAAUGCAGCC